AUGAGUUUAUCUGAUCUAUUAGUAGAUUAUGGUGAGAGUGGUCAUUCUUAAUUUGGUAAUUAAAUGAAUAAUAUCAUAGAAGAACAUACAAAAAAGUAAUUCACAGGUCCAGCUAAAUUUGCUACUAAAAUUGAUCCACUUUAAGAAGGUGAUUAUACAAUAAAACCACCAUCAAUGACGAGUUUUCAUAAAGUAACAGAUCACAUUAAUCCAUCACAUUCACCAAAUUCAGGAGUGAUUCAGUUUUCUCCAAGAACUUAGUUUCUAGAAGAGAAUAAUCUCAUGAAUCCCAAUAAUAAGGAAUUGAUGAAAGAAAUAGGUUAAACAAAUAUAGUAAACCCACAUAAAGAAGGCAUUAAUAAUUUCAUAAAACUGGUAUUAGCAAAGAGCUACUUCAACCGAUUUGUUGAGAACAUGCUUUAAAAAUCUUAUGUUAAGAAAUUAUCACAUUUCAAUCUUUAUCAAAAUACAAUGUUAGAUGAUCUCAGAUAUAUUGAUUCUAAACAUAAGGUUCGCAAGAAUUUUAUAGGUAAAAUUUGCAAGAAGUUGAGAUUUUUGCCAAUCUUUGACUAAAGCAGCUAUUUAGUAAUAGGUUGGCAAUUGCUUCAUAUUUUAACUAUAAUCAUUGUAUUUUUUUGGACUCCAUUCAAUAUAUCAUUUGGAAUCACUCUAGAUUAAGUCGUCUUUGAAACCUUAACAGUUAGAGAUGUAGAAUUCUAUUUCUUAUUUUCGAUUGUAGUAGAUGGAUUCAUUGUGAUAAAUACUUCUUAUAUUGAAAAAGGAAUAAUCAUCAAAUAGAGAGGCAAAAUAUUUAUAAAUUAUGUCAAUACAUAAGGAAUUUACGAUUUAGUAAAUGAUAUCUUAUAAUCAAGUGUUCAUUCGCAUCAAUGUUAAUUGCUCAGCAAUUUGAUGUAGACAGUUCUAAUGAAAAAAUAGGAUGGCAAUUGAUUCCUUACACAAUUUAUUAUUGUAGUAGAUAGUUUAAAUUAUAAGCAAGAGUGCACAAAUUAGAAGAGUAAUCAUUAUAAAAAUUUUUUAGAUUUUUCAACUUUUCAGGUUGGGUGUAAGACCUAAUUGAAUUAAUUAAACUCUUAUUUAUGGUGAUAUAUGUAGGUCAUUUAUUUGCUUGUCUAUGGCAUGGAGUUGCAUUUUAUUAAUUAGGAUUUAGAAAAACUUGGCUCGAAGUUUAUGAUGUUUCAGGCUAAGAUAUUUUUUCAAAAUACAAUUAUGCUUUCUAUUGGGCUGUACAAACAAUGAUUACUGUUGGAUAUGGAGAUCUAACACCUUAGAAUAAUUACGAGAGAUUAUGUGCAAACAUGAGCAUGUUUUUGGCUUGUGGAGUUUUUGCCUUUUCAUUUAAUAGUAUUGGACUUAUGUUGAGUAAUUUAAAUUCUAGAUAAGUACUGUAUAAACGUAGUACCAAUCUGUUGAAUUCAUAUUUGACUAAGAAUUAAAUUAAAGUUGAGUUGCAAUCCAGAAUUAGGAAUUAUUAUGAUUAUAUAUUUCAAGAAGAGCAAGAAAUUAAUGAUGAGGAAGUCUCAUAAAUUACAACAAAGUUAUCAAGUUCUCUUUAAGAAGAAUUAAAUUUUGAAAUUAGAUUAAAUGUCAUGAAGACAAACAAAGUCUUAACCAAAUUCUCUUAAAAAACACUAAAAUAACUUUCAUUAAUUGUUGAGGAAGUUAGGUAUUCUCCAGAGGAUUAAAUUCUGCUUUAAGGCACUUAAGAUGAUUGUUCUCUGUAUAUUAUCACAAAAGGAACAGUUUCUGUAUUAUUUUAAGAUGAACCUCAAGGUCGAAACACAAGAGUCCUUUCUUAUUUAGAAAAAGGGGAAUCUUUUGGGGAAUAUUCAUUUUUCACUGGUCUAAACAGAUGUGCUUCAGCUAAAAGUAUAGGUUUUUCAAGAGCUUACAAAAUUCCAAGACAAUAAUUAUUAAAUGUUUUGUAAACUAAUCAAAUUGAUCUAGUAAUAUAUUUAUAUUAUAUUUUAGGAACGAUUUUGUGAGGUUCGAGAUUCUAUACUUUUAUGUGAAAAUUUUUAACCUGCCAAAUUGAGUUGUUAUUCUUGCAAAAAAUUUAACCAUUUAGUUAAAGAUUGUCCAGUAUUGCAUUAUGUGGCUGACAAGGAGAAAGUGAUUAAAAAGGAGAAUUAUCCUCUUUUAUAAGAUAGAUGUAUUACAUUUAAGAGGAAAAGAUCAGAUCGUAACUAUUAUCCGACUUUAUUGGAAAUGAAAAAGAUGAUUGCAUAUAUUGGAUACUUUCAAACUAAAGAAAAUUAAGCUGAUAAUAUUACUGUUGUUGAUGAGGAAUUAGAUGUCUCAUAUGAAGAUAAUGAUGGAUCUCCUAAUGAAUAAGAUUAUUGUAAAAUAUUUUUAUUUAAUAUUAGCAUCUUUAUCUAAAAGUUAUUCCAAACUUUCAAGGUAACAAUCUUAAAAUAGAUCAUAUUCUUAAUAUGAAAAUAACAAUAAUAAUAAUACUAAAAAUCUAUAACCUAUAUAAGAAAGUGAAGAUUCAGUUGACAGUCCAAGUCCCAAUAAAAGAAGAAAUAUGUAGGUUAAAUAAACACUUUAAACUGCUGGUUUUGGAGUUUAAGAUUCCUUGUAAAAUAAAAUAAGAAAUGAUGAUUUUGAUUAAAAUCUCUCUAGUUUUGGAAAUGCUACUCCAUCAAUUCAUGAUGAAAAUAAAUAUUCAUUAAAAAAUGAUUCACUAGGAUUACCAAGUCCUAUUGACAUUCCUGGAAGGGUUACAAAAAAAAAAAUAACUGUUCUUAGAAAAUAAAAAAGAGAAGAAUCUUAUUAACCAUUUUCUUCCUAAACAAAAUUAGAAGUUAAUUAGGAUAGAGAAAAAUCUUAAUAAAAAAAAAUAAAAAAUAAAGACCCUUUAAAUGAUAUUCCUGUAACUCCAUCUAUUUAAUCUGUUGAUUAUAAAAGAGAUUCAAUUGAUAAAAAAGAUGAUAGAAGAGAUCAAAAGAGAAAAACUACCAAAACUAAAACAAAUCGAAGUAGAACUGCAAAAACUCAUCGAACAACCAAAUUAGUUUAAGAUAAUCCAACAUAAGAGAUUUCAAUUCCUGUUUUUGAGAGAUAGUCUGUAUCUAUGGAAUUGGAAGAUUUCGAAGUUUUAAAAAACUUUACCAAUUAUUUCAGUUGGAAUAAUGCCAAGGUUGUUGUUGUAAGAACUAUGAAAAUUUUAUUAAGAAAUCUUGAAAAAAGAAGAAAUAUUUUGAAUUAGUUUUCAUUUUAUACGUUCAAUUCAUUAGCAAUUGCUAAAAUUUCAAGAAUAAAAAGAAAACUUAAAUUGAUGUAAUUCAUUUUUAUGAUUAUAAUAUUUUUAGUGAAGAUCCACCUUUAGAAGAGAAAAAAGAAAAAAAGUCUGUUCAUCCCCCUAAUAAAACAAUGAAAGGCAGAAGAGGUAGUAAGAGAAGUACUUAAGCUGAUGAUAUAAGUGGGUUGUUUCAGAAAAAGCCUUAAUUUGGAACUCAAAUAUAGUUUUUUUAAGGAGCUACUCUUUCAAGGUUUAGUCGAAAUGAAUUAGAAUUUAGAUGA